UCAAUUUAAUUCAAACACUCUCUCUUUACUUCACACUUUCCUUCUAAUCCACAACAUGGCGUCUAAUUACAAUCCUGCCAUUACCUUCUCUGCAGUUCUCACGCUGCUCCUCCUUCCCUUGCUAACUGUAGGGAAGCUUGUACAGGAGCAACCACUUGUGCUCAAGUACCACAACGGUCAGCUGCUCAAGGGCCGCAUCACCGUCAAUCUCAUCUGGUACGGCACUUUCACUCCGAUCCAACGCUCCGUGAUCGUCGACUUCAUAAACUCGCUGAGCAGCGCGCCCAACGCGGCGCUUCCUUCUACUGCCACGUGGUGGAAAACCACGGAGAACUACAAGGGGGGAUCCUCUGCGCUGGUCGUAGGGAACCAGAUUCUGCACCCGGCAUACACGCUCGGGAAAAGCCUCAAGGGGCAACACCUUCUCGCGCUCGCCUCGAAGUUUAAUCAACUCAACUCGAUAACGGUCGUCUUAACGGCUAAAGACGUCGCCGUCGAGGGUUUCUGCAUGAGCCGCUGUGGGACCCAUGGGUCUACCCGAAACGUUCGAAACGCUGCCCGCACCGCUUAUAUAUGGGUUGGAAACUCCGAGUCGCAGUGCCCCGGGCAAUGCGCGUGGCCCUUCCACCAGCCGAUUUACGGACCCCAAACGCCACCAUUGGUUGCGCCUAACGGCGACGUCGGGGUUGACGGAAUGAUAAUUAACUUGGCGACCCUUCUUGCUGGGACCGUCACGAACCCUUUCAAUAACGGUUACUUCCAGGGCCCCCCGACGGCGCCGUUGGAGGCUGUUUCCGCUUGCACAGGGGUUUUCGGGAGCGGGUCGUACCCGGGAUAUCCGGGUAAGGUCCUGGUGGAUAAGGUGACUGGGGCGAGCUACAAUGCGCAUGGUGUGAAUGGGAGGAGGUAUCUGGUGCCAGCGAUGUGGGACCCUCAGAGUCUGACAUGCAAGACCCUCGUGUGAGAGUGCCACGUGGCGUGGGAUGGUGUAGAUAUUGGGGGAUGGGUGCGGAAGCAGGGGAUGGAUAAUGAUAAUGAUAAUGGAUAAUGGAUAACGGAGUGUGUUUCUAAAUUCUGAGCCUGCUUUUGUCGUUUAGUGUUACGUGUAAAUUGUGGUACUAAAGACUAUAGAGGGAGUGGAAUGUUGUAUAAAUAGUAAAUUAUGAAUAAGGAAGAAUAAGAUUAAAAAAGGUAUAUCAUUAAGGUGAUAUAGAUAUAUUUUAUAUAUGAGAAGUUAGGUUGAUGGGUUUGUUUUGUGUAAUUUUAAGAAAAGGAAUCGAAAGUGGGUUUUCUUUUGUAUGAAUUAUUGAUAUGUUUGGGUAAAGUAAGCUAAGGUGGUUGAGGAAUGAAGCGGUGGUGGAGGGGGGUUGGUGUUUUUGUUUGUUUAUGGUAAAUGAGAAUAAAGGUGGUGGUGUUGGGGGCCUGGGAGACCAUUAUGGCGAGGUAUCGGUCAUGAUGAUGUUGGUAAGGUGAAGUGAAUCUCGCAAGGUGUAAAAGGCUACAGGGAUGUCAUUGUUUUAGAUCGUUUUGGUGGGUCCUUUAUCUCUGCAAUUAUGUUUCCGAUAAGCAUUGGCUAGUACCCUUGAUAACACAGGGAUGAAAGAUUGAUGGUCUUCUUCUGAAAUAAGCAGGAAUUCGAUAAUGGCAGGACCUUGGGCAGAACACUCUGAUGGGUGGUGGAGUUACAUGCUACGUCUCUUUCUGUUUCCCAUUCAAGAAAAGAACUGAUCAACGUGUUAGUGUAUUCAUGCCAGAAAAUUGAAUAAUAAAAAUUUUACACUUUAUAAAGA